GUAAUUUUUCUACACUUCAUUCACUUUUUCAUUUAUUUAAGUUAUACAGCAGUUAGUAUCUAUUUAAAUUCAAGACUUUAAAAAAUUUCUUACUUUUGAAAAAUGAUUAAAUUUUCCCUAACUGCACCUGGCAAAGUGAUUUUGUUUGGAGAACACUCUGUUGUAUAUGGAAAAACUGCUAUAGCCGCCAGUAUUGGACUUAGAACUCGUUUAAAUUUUCGGGAAACUGAACAUGACUUUAUUGAAAUAAACUUCGAAAAUAUUAAUUUGCACUACGAAAUUCAGAUAAAAGAUUUGGAUAAUUUAAUUGAAUUGUUAAACGCUUGUAUCGAUGACAUAUCGCCACAGAUGCCUAAUCAUGACAAAUUUUUACAAUUGAUAGUUGAAUAUUUAGAAAAUCAUUGUAAGUUGCAAAAGCUUACAAAUAUACAAAAGCCUGCUCUCAUAUCUUUUGUCUAUUUGUUGACUGGUAUACGAUCAUAUAAAAAAUACAAGAGCUCUAGUGGUUUCAAUAUCUAUGUAGAUUCCACAUUGAGAGUGGGUGCUGGUUUAGGCAGUUCUGCUAGUUUUUCUGUUGUUUUAGCAGGAUGUUUUCUACAAGAGAUAAUUUUCAGGCAGUUAAAUUCUUCAGACAUGAUCCAGUUUAAUGCUGAGCAAUUGAGUGAAAUAUCACAAUGGGCAUACUGCUCAGAACGCAUAAUGCACGGGACUCCUUCUGGCUUAGAUAAUAGCAUUUGCACUUAUGGAUCAAUAGUUAGAUUCAGAAGAAAUGAGGAAUUAGCUGUUUUGCAGUUAGAUAAUAGUUUUGAGGCUUUAUUAGUUGAUACCCUGGUGCCUAGACAAACUAAAGUUAUGGUUGGCAAUGUUAGAACAUUGGUUGAAAAUCAUCCCAUUCUCGCUAAUUGUGUUCUAGACGCUAUGGAUCAAGUGGCUAAAGAUGCUGAAAAAAUCCUAACAUCAAAAUAUGAUCCUGAUAAUUGCAAGAAGCUCAAAGAGCUCAUAAAAAUCAAUCAAGGGCUUCUGCAAACUAUUGGAGUUUCUCAUAGUUCCAUAAAUACAAUUUGCCAAAUAGCAGAAGAUAAAAAUGUUGCUGCAAAAUUAACAGGAGCAGGCGGCGGAGGAUUCUGCAUAGUUGUGCCGAUUGAUAGUGAUCCAGCUAAACUAACAGAACUAACACGGGCAUUAGAAAAUAGUGGUUUUCCGACAAAACGAAUCUUACUCGGAGGCCCUGGGUUAAGAAUAGAAUAAUAAAAUACUUCUAAUAACAAGACAUACCAUUUAUUAUCUAGGCUCUUCUGCUACAGCUAAAACCAGGAGAGCUAUGGCAGCUGAUAAAUCUACUAAGUGAUACCAUGUGGAAUGUACAAGCUUAUAGGCUGGUAAUGCGGACAC